GCUACAAUUGGCUGGACUCCAGUCACAUUCACUGCUCCAUUCUCUGGAGCCGAGGGCACCGGACAAUUGCUGUUGAAACUGCAACCUGAGGAAAGUCACAGAAUGUACUUUUGCACCAGAUACUUCCUGUUGGGAACAACCACUACAGGGAUGCUGUUUACAACCUCAUUCCUCAUUGUCCACCCUGGCCCCCCAUUAUACCAAACGAACCUACAGACUGUAACGUGCAUUACUACAUGUUUUCCUCAGACAACCAACAAAUUGAACACUAACUCUAUGUUUAUUUUCAAGUGUCAUAGUUUGUAAGUGUAACAGCUUGUGUCUAUGUCGUAUAUACAACGGUAUGUAUUAGUUAACGUAUACGCGCCGAGACUGCCGACGUUAACUGAUUUGUAGUCCAACUACUAGCAACUAGCCAAUCACAAUGCUGAAUUU